GGCUCCAGUAGUUACACCGUACGUUCUCUUCACCUAGUCAGAGACCUCACUGCCAAGGCCAGUCUGCCAAGGAGAAAUUAAGCUUCUUUUGCUCCCUCACUACUGCGACUACAGAAGAAUCUGAAGCCAGGAGUCCCCUUAGUGGAGAUACACUCCGUACCCACAGAAGCACCACUUCCGCUGACGUCAUCACGCCGACACGUGGAUCCAAGAUGGCGGCGGCGAUGAUUUGGUGGCCAAGGUUCCUGCUACUUCUCUGUCUAACAUGUAAAGGAAGCACCUUCUAUGUCCCUGGAGUCGCACCAAUCAAUUUCCACCAAAACAACCCAGUAGAGAUCAAGGCUGUGAAGCUUACCAGCUCUCGAACUCAGCUUCCUUAUGAGUACUACUCACUGCCCUUCUGCCAGCCCAUCAAGAUAACCUACAAGGCAGAGAAUCUGGGAGAGGUGCUGAGAGGGGACCGGAUUGUCAACACCCCUUUCCAGGUUCUCAUGAACAGUGAGAAGAAGUGUGAAGUUCUAUGCAACCAAUCUAACAAGCCAAUAACCUUGACAGUGGAACAGAGCCGGCUGGUGGCCGAGAGAAUCACAGAAGAGUACUACGUUCACCUCAUUGCUGACAACCUGCCUGUGGCCACCCGGCUGGAGCUCUACUCCAGCAACCGAGACAGUGAUGACAAGAAGAAAGAAAAAGAUGUGCAGUUUGAACAUGGCUACCGACUUGGCUUCACAGAUGUCAACAAGAUCUACCUGCACAAUCACCUCUCAUUCAUCCUUUAUUACCACCGGGAGGACAUGGAAGAGGACCAGGAGCCCACAUACCGUGUCGUCCGCUUCGAGGUGAUUCCCCAGAGCAUCAGGCUGGAGGACCUCAAAACAGGCGAGAAGAGUUCAUGCACCCUACCCGAGGGUGCCAACUCCUUACCCCAAGAAAUUGACCCCACUAAGGAGAAUCAACUGUACUUCACCUACUCUGUGCACUGGGAGGAAAGUGACAUCAAAUGGGCCUCUCGAUGGGACACUUACCUAACCAUGAGUGAUGUGCAGAUCCACUGGUUUUCCAUCAUUAACUCUGUCGUGGUGGUCUUCUUCCUGUCAGGCAUCCUCAGCAUGAUUAUCAUUCGGACCCUGCGGAAGGACAUCGCCAACUACAACAAGGAGGAUGACAUUGAGGACACUAUGGAGGAGUCUGGGUGGAAGCUUGUGCAUGGUGAUGUCUUCAGGCCGCCCCAGUAUCCCAUGAUCCUCAGCUCUCUGUUGGGCUCAGGCAUUCAGCUCUUCUGCAUGAUCCUGAUUGUCAUCUUCGUGGCCAUGCUUGGGAUGCUGUCACCGUCCAGCCGGGGAGCUCUCAUGACCACUGCCUGCUUCCUCUUCAUGUUCAUGGGGGUAUUUGGUGGAUUUUCUGCUGGUCGUCUCUACCGAACUCUAAAAGGCCAUAGGUGGAAGAAAGGAGCCUUCUGUACAGCGACACUGUAUCCUGGUGUGGUCUUCGGCAUCUGCUUUGUGUUGAAUUGCUUCAUCUGGGGAAAGCACUCAUCAGGAGCGGUACCAUUUCCCACCAUGGUGGCAUUGCUGUGUAUGUGGUUCGGGAUCUCCCUGCCCCUUGUCUACUUGGGCUACUAUUUCGGCUUCCGAAAGCAGCCAUAUGAUAACCCUGUGCGUACAAACCAGAUUCCCCGGCAGAUCCCUGAACAACGGUGGUACAUGAACCGAUUUGUGGGCAUCCUCAUGGCUGGGAUCCUGCCCUUUGGCGCCAUGUUCAUUGAGCUGUUCUUCAUCUUCAGUGCAAUCUGGGAGAACCAGUUCUAUUACCUCUUCGGUUUCCUGUUCCUCGUUUUCAUCAUCCUGGUGGUGUCCUGUUCACAAAUCAGCAUCGUCAUGGUAUACUUCCAGCUGUGUGCAGAGGAUUACCGCUGGUGGUGGAGGAAUUUCCUUGUCUCGGGGGGAUCUGCAUUCUACGUCCUGGUUUAUGCCAUCUUUUAUUUUGUUAACAAGCUGGACAUCGUGGAGUUCAUCCCUUCUCUCCUCUACUUCGGCUACACCACCCUCAUGGUCCUGUCCUUCUGGCUGCUCACAGGGACCAUCGGCUUCUACGCAGCCUACAUGUUUGUCCGCAAGAUCUAUGCUGCUGUGAAGAUAGACUGAGUGGGUGGACCAACACUGGGCCCACUGGAUCCUCGGACAGGAAGCCACCCUGCGUGGGGACUGCAGGCACACAAAAUAAACUAACUCGUGCUCAUUUGGAAUGUAACUCCUGGCACAGUGUUCCUAGACCCCAGGCUGCAUGGGGGGCAGGAGGGCCUAUAGAUAACCCUUCCAUUUCCUUCAUCUCAUCCAGUCUGUAGGGAUACAUUUUUCUGUGGUUGGUUUUCUUCAGCUAAGAGUCGCUGUCAGCAGGAGCUUUCUGACCUGUUAAUUCAGGUUCUUUUUGGUUUAGGUUGGGUUUUUUGUUGUUUUUCGGUUUGGGGAUUUUCUUUUUUUUUGGGGGGGGGGGGAUGCAGAUCCGGGAUGGAUAAAUGUGGGGUUUUGGUCACUGUCCCCAUCAGCUCCUCAGAGUUGUUGGCCACCCUACCACUAACUGGAAGAGGAAACGCCGGGGCUGCAGUGAGGGCUCCAAGCUUCUCAGUGCCAACCUAGCCCUGCCAGCCCCUCCUCCCAUUCUCUUCCCCAGCCUGCCCUCUGCCACCCAGAGCAAGGUUGCCUGCCAGCCAGGUCUUUGGUCAUCGUUUUAACUGGGAACACUUGGUCACUACAAGGACAUGUCCUGGUUCCCUGGGACAGCAGAAUCCCCUCCUCAAAGCAGCCAGAGUUUACUGACCACCGAGGAAGAAAUGAGACCUGCAGUGACUGUUCUCGUGCCAAGAAGCCCUGGGCCAGGACCAGGUGUUUCCAGAGCCAAGUGCCCAUGUGUGUAUGGGAAGAAGUGGCUAAAGCCACUAGACUAGGGUGCUCACCCCUCAAGAUUGAUCCCCUGUCUUUCCCUCAGGGGCUCCGCACUUUGUAAAGGGUGAUGGUGGACCCCCUUCCCUUACUUUCAGGUCUGGAGUCUUCAGAUCUCUUCCUUGAGGCGGCCAGGGAGAGGAUCUCUCUCUCUCUCUCUCUCUC